AUGGGGCUGUUUCUGGAAUCAUGGCUGAGUGAAUUCCUGGCUGUCGCCUUAGUAGUGGUGGCGGCGGUCUACACUUGGUACUCUCACCGCUACAGCUACUGGACCAAGAAGGGCGUAUCGCAGGCACCAACCGUGAUCCCAUUUGGCAAUAUAGCGAGAGUGUUUCUUGGACUGACUCGUCUGGAAUUCAUCUUCCAAGAGCUCUACAAUCGUUUCCGAGAUCAGAGAUACGUGGGAGUAUAUCUCUUCAGCAAACCAGCUCUGUUGCUGGUCGACCCGGAUCUCAUCCGACUGGUGUUAGUCAAGGAGUUUGAUGCAUUCUCCCACAGAAAUGUUCACUUCGAUGAGAAAGACCCACUGAGUUAUCAUUUAUUCAACUUAAACGGAGGAAGAUGGAAGAGACUGCGAGCUAAGAUGUCGCCUGCCUUUACGACGGGAAAGCUCAAAAUGAUGUGCCAAACAAUGCAGGACUGUGGACGCCAAUUGGUGGAGGUGUUGGAGGAGCCAGCGAAGAAGGGCCAGAUCCUGGAGAUGCGGGAAAUAGCCGCCAGAUUCACCACCGACAUCAUCGCCUCCGUCGGUUUCGGACUCGAGAGUAAUUCUCAACGAAACCCGGACGCAGAGUUCCGCCGCUGGGGACGAAAAUUAUUCGAAUUUUCGAUUAAGUCGAGGAUUGCCAAUCUCAUGUACAGGUUCAUUCCAGUUGUGGCUAAAGCUCUAAGGUUAAAGGGAGGCGCUAGAGACGUCAUGAUAUACUUUCAGGAUGUGGUGAAGAGUACUGUGGAGUACCGCGAACAACACAGCGUUGUCCGCAAUGACUUCCUGCACCUGAUGAUACAGCUCAAGAACAAGGGUUUCAUUGACGAACAAAGCAAAACGGGAUCCCAAGAAAUUGAUAACUGGAAGUUUUCGAUCGACGACGUGACAGCACAGUCGAUCCUGUUUUACGCCGCAGGAUUCGAAACAUCGUCGACAACCAUGAGUUUCGCCCUCUAUGAACUGGCUCUCAAUCAAGAUGUACAGAAGCGACUGCAUGAGGAGGUGGACGCGACGCUGAAACAGAACGCAGGGCAGUUGACGUACGAGGCCAUUUCCAGCAUGAAGUAUCUAGACAAAGUCGUCGCAGAGACUCUUAGAAAACACCCACCGGGAGCUGGCACUGACCGAAGAUGCGCACGCGACUUCCAGCUUCCUGAUGGAGGACCUCUUAUUGAGAAAGGGACGCCUGUGUUCGUCCCGAUUUACGCCCUCCACCACGACCCCGAGUACUACCCAGAACCACAACGCUUCGACCCCGAGAGGUUCUCAGAAGAGCAGAAAGCGGCAAGACACCCAUACGUGUACAUGCCGUUCGGUGAAGGUCCUCGGAACUGUAUAGGUAUGCGUCUGGGUCUUCUUCAGGCUAAGAUCGGUCUGGCGUACAUGAUGUCCAAAUACGAAGUUCGCCGAUGUGAAGAAACCAAGGUGCCUCUUCAGUACAGUGCAUGGUCCGCGGUUCUGAUGUCUACUACUGGUAUACAACUGAAACUAGUCCAGAGGAAGUAA